AUGUCAAAUCAUUUGGAUAAGCCUGUACACAAAGUGUUGGAAGGCUAUGAUCUUUUAGAGGUCAAUGCCAUUCAAAAUCGAAACACAUUAAACAUGUCAGCUGGCAUGCUCUGGCGUAUGAAUCUAUGUGCCGUCAGUGAUGAGAUACCAUGUACAUUUUUCGUUGCCAUGAACUACAGAAUCCACGUCUAUACACUCGACACAAUCAAUUCGCCCUUCAAGGACCCUGUCAAGACAUUGACCAGCGACAGUGCAGCAAGAACAGGCGGUGGAACAGAAUCGCCAUUUAUCAUCAAUGCAAUCAAAGUCGGAAGGAUGCUGGAAAAGGAGGUUCUUGUCUCCGUUUCCGAAAUGGGAGAGAUAUGUAUAUGGAAAACCGAGAAUUUGGAUGAACCACCACUUAUACUCAAUAAUAAUGGCAUUGCAACUUGGGGGAUCGCUAUUCAUGGAGAUCAGGGACUACUGGCUGUAUCUGCCAACAACUUCAAGAUUGCUGUAUUCAACAUUGCUGAGAUGACAGCCAGAUUCGGCAAGAGAUUCAGCAAAGAACCCAACUACCUGGGCACAACUGAAAAAAUCGAGCUAGAGGGCCAUGAACACAACAUUCCCAACAUUGAUUUCAAUGAGACAGGAAGAUACAUUGUCAGCGUAUCUGUGGACACUACAUGCAGAAUCUGGGACCUCUCGACCCGACGCAUGGUCACUCAUAAGCGAUCUUCAAGCCGACAGCUCCCUCACGAUGCUUGGUGUUGGUCAGCCAAAUUCAUCAAGCCAGGAAGCUUCAAGCAUGUGGUCUGCAACGACGAAGAAAUCAGCAAACUAUACCAGCAGCGAGUAUAUCAGGGCAGAUCCACUUGCUUGGCCAGUUUAGGCUUGUGUCAUUCAGCUACCAAUCCAGCGUUUCCUAUCAACGUAUCCAGAGUGUUUGAUUUGGAGGAAGAAGACGUUGACUUUGAGAUUUACGAAGGAGAAGGUGAAGGUGAAAUAGACGAUGAUACGUGGGACAAUCGUUUGGUGGAAGAGGAGGACAAUUACAUGGAAGAAGUAUAUGAAAGACAGCGCAUGCAAGAUGAGCUCGAGUAUAACUUGGGAGACCAAGAUCAGGACCCAGACGAAACAUCAGAGAUAAUACACCCUGCAUCCCAGCAAGGCAAUAAUGACAACGGGGAUGAAUAUGGGACGGAUGAGGAUGGCGAGGACUAUCAUGAUGACGACGGUGGAGGUGAACCAGCACAGUGGAUGCUCUCAUUGAUAUCUGCCGCAGUAGAACGCCCAAGAACCCAAGCAGAAUGGGCAGCUACCAUCAGAAGCUCAUCAGAUGCCAAUGCUGAUGGAUGGGGCGAUCCAUUGCCUGCUGUUGCUGGACAAGACAGCGCUUCUAUUACAGAUGAAAAUAACGGUUGGGAAACUACAACAGACUCUAAUGGGACAACACAGAUGGAAGAAGAUCUUGAACCUGAAGCAACACCCAGUGGUACCAGCAGUCCCUCUUACUGUAUACCGAAUAUCAUUAGAACCACAAGCAGCAGCAGUAUCCCGCAACUUACACAAACAGCAACAACAACAGAGACGCCCAUGCCGCCGCCCAAGGAUAAACAUUUGGGAGAGUACGUCAUGAUUACCACUGGCAAAGAUGUGAUGCUUGCAAGCACUACCUUACCACGCAUGAACAAAAUACGAGCAGAGCACGAUCUAAUCAACAAGGUAGAUAUCAGAUCAGAUCAACUUCUCAGCGUCUUGGAUCGUAUCAAUAUGGUGGAGUGGCUGCCAGAAUUGGAGUUAUUUGUUGUUGCUAGUCAAAAGGGUACUGUGGCAUUGAUGAGGUUACUGCAAGUGGAGUUUGAGAAUGGUCAUCAAGCAUGUUUGUUCAAUAAUGAACACUAUCUACCGGUCAAUGUGCUUCAAUCCACACCACUUUACGGUUUGACGGUGAAAAAAGUGGAGUCAGAGAGAUACGCUCCUGUAUCCUACCAGAUAUUCCUAUUUUACUACAGUGGAAACGUGCUGGCUUACACAGUCUCUCGUAAAGAUGACACUUCCGUAGUGAAUAGUUUAUUCUUUUAA